AUGUCUAGGCAAGAAGCGGGAGCCAACGCUUCCCCCUGGGUCGUUGCUUCUAGGCCAAGCCCGACAGUGGACCGGGCUCCGGAGAGGAGGCCGGCGGAGGAGCCAAAUGAAAGCCGUCGGGGGUGUCGCAGGGGUGGCAGAGGUGACGGCCGAAGAGACCCCACUGAUUGCCAGGAACCGCCGCUCUGCUUUGUGUUGAAGAACGACUGGGUGGGCUUGGUGAUCGGUCGUGGUGGGUCAAAAAUAAAAGACAUUCAGCGUACAACAAAUACCAAAAUACAGAUAAUAAGAGGAUAUACUGAGGCAGAAGUCAAAAUUUUUGGCAGCAAGGCGAUGCAGGUGAAAGCAAAAGCAGUGAUAGAUAAUUUUGUUAAAAAACAAGAGGAAAAUUAUAAAUCAGAAUGCAGAAUUGGUACUGUUGCAUUCCAGCCUUCUGUUGGAAGAGACAUAAGCACAGCUAACAGUGUUGUUACAGAAGAUCAGCCAUCAAUAGAUUGGGAUCAAAUUCGAAAGGAUGCUUUGAAAUGGGAAAAAACGAAGUGGUCAGAUUUACCUCCAAUUAAGAAAAACUUUUACAUAGAGUCAGCUACAACAAGAUCAAUGUCACAAGAGCAAAUAGAUAACUGGAGGAAGGAAAAUUUUAAUGUAAUGUGUGAUGACUUGAAAGAUGGUGAGAAACGUCCUAUCCCCAAGCCUACCUGUAAAUUUGAAGAUGCCUUUCAUUGUUAUCCUGAAGUUAUGAAAAAUAUUAAAAAGGCAGGUUUUCAAAAGCCAACACCAAUUCAGUCACAGGCAUGGCCAAUAGUUCUGCAAGGAGUAGAUCUCAUAGGAGUAGCCCAAACUGGAACAGGGAAGACAUUGUCGUAUUUAAUGCCUGGAUUUAUUCAUCUAGACUCUCAACCAGUAGCCAGAGAAAAAAGGGAUGGACCUGGCAUGUUAGUCCUUACACCCACUCGGGAAUUAGCUCUUCAAGUGGAAGCUGAAUGUUCUAAGUAUUCAUAUAAAGAUCUUAGAAGUGUUUGUGUAUAUGGUGGUGGAGAUAGAGACAGACAAAUACAAGACAUUAAAAAAGGUGUAGACAUCAUUAUUGCAACUCCUGGAAGAUUGAAUGAUAUGCAAAUGAAUGACUUUGUCAACCUGAGAAGUGUAACCUACUUGGUUUUAGAUGAAGCAGACAAGAUGCUGGACAUGGGAUUUGAACCCCAGAUAAUGAAGCUUUUGUUAGAUGUGCGCCCAGAUAGGCAGACCAUUAUGACAAGUGCAACUUGGCCAUAUGCUGUCCGUCGACUUGCACAAUCUUAUUUGAAAGAACCAAUGAUCAUCUAUGUUGGUACUUUGGAUCUAGUUGCUGUAAAUACAGUGAAACAAAAUAUAAUUGUCACCACAGAGGAAGAGAAACGAAGUCAUAUCCAAACUUUCCUGGAAAGCAUGUCACCUAAAGACAAAGUCAUAGUCUUUGUUAGCAGAAAAGCAGUUGCUGAUCACUUAUCAAGUGACCUGAUUCUCCGACACCUAUCUGUAGAGUCUCUACAUGGCAAUAGAGAACAGAGUGAUCGGGAGCAAGCAUUAGAGAACUUUAAAACAGGUAAAGUGAGAAUACUGAUUGCUACUGACUUAGCAUCCCGAGGUCUUGAUGUGCAUGAUGUUACACAUGUCUAUAAUUACGAUUUCCCACGGAACAUCGAAGAAUAUGUACACAGAGUAGGGCGCACUGGAAGAGCAGGGAAGACUGGAGUGGCAAUUACUCUUAUCACUAGAAACGAUUGGAGGAUUGCCACUGAAUUGAUCAAUAUUCUGGAAAGAGCAAGUCAGAGUAUCCCAGAAGAGCUUGUUUCAAUGGCAGAAAGAUAUAAGGCAAAUCAACUGAAAAAAGAAAGAGAAAAAAAAAUGGGAAGACCUCAAGGAAAGCCCAGGAAGUUUUAUUAG